UGGAAAUUACCAACUAUGGCCUACUAUUCCAAAGAAGAGCUUGAUGAAGAAUUUGAACAGUUCAUGAAGGAGCUUUCAGAUGAUUCUUUUGAAAAUUCAAACAAAACACCUAGACAACCUAAAAAGGAAACGAAGAAUAAAGAUACAGUGCCUUGGUGGAUAACAGAAGAUGAUUUUGAAGAUGAUGGGCUGCUUGGAACACAUGUAAGCUAUUUGAAGACAAAGAAGCCUUCCCAACCUAUUGUGGACACAGAAGAGGAGUCUGCUGAAAAAGUUCAAUUCCUUAAGAGCAGCGGAACCUCCAUCUUAAGUGUUGACAGCUUAGAAGUGAAUGAAUUGGUCCUUUCUGAGCUCCCUCACAGCACCCUUGGUUUAGGCUUGGACACAUUAGAAGAACAAGAAGAGAAAGAGCAGUUCUUUGCCAGGCUGGAGAAAGGCUUGACGUCUUCUAUUGAUUAUUCAAAAUUAAAUCAAGAACUGGAUUCUGACGACUCCACACAAUUCAAAGCUUUUCAUAGCUCUCCAGCUAAUGCAGAACUAGCUGAAGAUGGACAUGACAAUGAAUCAGAGCACGAGGAACAGCCAGAAACAUACAGUGAUGAUUUUGAAGAUGCAGAGGAUGUUGAUCCACCUUUGCCUACUAAAGAUGAAGAGGCCCAAUCUGAAGAAAAGGCUGAGUCAGGAAAAGAGAACAUUCCCAAACAGAAGGAAGAGAAAAUUGGCAUGCUGGCUAAUGUUGUGCUGCUUGAUUCUUUAGACUCUGUUGAGGACGUCGACCUUGCUGGUCAAGACAAAGCAUCCCUUAAAGCAAAGGCCAUCCCAGAAAUGACAGAUGGUGAAUUAGCGGGAGCAGGUGUUUCUUAUGGACAAAGCAGUGGCGACACUGAAGCCGUGCAUCAGGCUUAUCGUCACAUAGCUCAUUCCCUGGGAGACACAGGAGAACCCAGAAUUGAGGCUAGCACUGCGGAAACUGUCAAGAGCUCUGUAAAAGACGGUCCUCAAGAAAAUGAAGAGUCUUCAAAGAACAUCUCUACCACCGAAUCUGAUCUGCCCACAGUAGAGGAGCUGAUGAGACCUAUCAGGAUGGAUUCCUAUGGAUUCCAUGGCUUUGACUUGCAGCUUGUCAGCCUUAAGAAAGCAGCCGACAGUAAAGAAGGGGAAUCUGUGAGCUUUUUACCACUCAAGAUAAACACAAACACUAUGUCUCAAGACCCCAGGCACCUGAGCCAACUUCCCCACAAACACGACGAGAGUGUGGCUUUAUACAGGACAGCAGGUGAGAGCAUGGACAGCAGCUGUCCAGCAGCAACUGCUACGGAAGAGCAUUUGGACAAGAUGUACCUUGAGAUUUUGAAGAAGAAAACAUCUGUUAUCUCCUCACUAUUGCCUGAGGAUGACAAGACUAAGCAGACUCCCAGGCCGCAGCUCAGUGUUGAGAAAGAGGCGCCUGUAACUGGUAAACAGGUUCCACAUAAGAAGGUCAGAAGUGCACCUGCUUUGCCUAAGAAAAAACCACAGAGUGGACGACCGUACGCAUCAGCUCGGAGCUCAGGCUACGGCAAACCCAGUUCGCCACUCCAGUUAUUUUCUGCUCUUGAAAAGAAAACUUCAAAGGACAUUGCAAAAAGUAAAAACGUGAGAUCCAUUCCCACCUCAAAUCAAUUUAGAAAAAAAGAAAUAUUGUCUGGAACAAAACUCAUCAAGCCUGCAGCUUUGAAUAAACCAUCCCCCCAAAGUGAAGGUAGCCUAGCUACACCUAAGAGGCCUGAAGACCCCCCAGAUGAUUCCUUUGUUCAGUUUCAGACUGAGCCUUCAGGAUCCUACGGUGGAAACAGAGAGAAAGAAUUACUAAUGCUGAAAAGAGCUCAGGAAGCAGAGGAAAAGUGGAGGGGUGCACAAGCGCUAAUUGAGCAGAUUAAAAUCGCAUUCUCAGGAAAGGAGAAGGAGCUGGAGAGCACAGUGGAAACCCUAAAGAGGCAGCAGGAGAGGGAGCUCUUCAGACUGAACCAAGAAAACUACAUUCUUCAGGCCAAGUUAAGUAGCUUUGAAGAGACAAGCAGAAAACAGAGGUGGCUACAGUUUGGAGAAAUAUCUGAUCCCAUCACCGGAGAAAAACUGAAACAAAUCCAAAAAGAGAUACAAGAACAAGAGACACUUCUUCAAGGAUAUCAACAGGAAAACGAAAGGUUGUAUUAUCAAGUAAAAGAGCUCCAGGAACAAAAUAAGAAGAACGAAGAGCGAAUGUUUAAGGAAAAUCAGAAUUUACUUAGUGAGUUAGCUUCCUUAAAAGAACAGGUGCACAAAAAUCGUUUUCUGUCCCAAGCAGUUGAAAAUGCAGAACCCACCCAAGCCCAGAGCUUCACAGAUCUUCUAGCAGAAUUACGGGCAGCACAGAAAGAGAAAAAUCAUCUGAUGGAAGACAUCAAAAGACUGAAGCAAGACAAACAAGCUCUUGAAGUGGACCUGGAGAAAAUGAGGAAAGAGAGGGACCAAGCCAAAGAUCAGAUCGCUUAUGCCACAGGUGAAAAAUUGUAUGAAAUAAAGAUUUUAGAAGAAACACAUAAGCAAGAGGUCAGUCGCCUACAAAAGCGGUUACAGUGGUAUGCCGAAAAUCAGGAGCUUCUGGAUAAAGAUGCAGCACGGCUCAAGGAGGCCACUGAGGAAAGCGAGAAGCUGAAGGCGCAGAUUGAAAAACUGAAAACUGAGUGUGGGAGCCCAGCUACUCAGCAGAAGUUACGCUCAAAGGAGAGGGCUCUUGAUGCCAAAAGAAUUCAGGAUCUCGAGCGGCAGGUUAAAGAAAUGGAAGGGAUUCUGAAGAGAAGGUACCCCAACUCUUUACCUGCUUUGAUACUGGCUGCCUCAGCAGCUGGUGGUGAUUCAGUAGAUAGAAAUACAGUGGAGUUUAUGGAAAGAAGGAUAAAAAAGCUAGAAGCUGAUCUGGAGGGCAAAGAUGAAGAAGCAAAGAAGAGCCUUCGCACCAUGGAACAGCAGUUUCAGAAGAUGAAGAUUCAGUACGAGCAAAGGCUGGAGGAGCAGGAGCAGCUGCUCGCCCGUGGGCGGAGGGAAGCGCCACAGAACCAGCACGGCAGCUUGGCCAGGCUUCAGGCCCUCGAGACAGAACUUGGGGACGUAAAGGAAGCCCAUGAGACCACUGUAAGAAAGCUGGAAGCCGAGAUAGAUGCUCUCAAAUGUCAGAAAGCCGAGCUGGAACACAAGGAGAGUGGCAAAGAGGAUCGGGACCUGCAGUCUAUAGAGCUGCAGGUAGAGCAGGCGCAUGCCAAAGCAAAGCUGGCAAGACUCAACGAAGAGCUGGCAGCAAAGGGGAGAGAGAUCCAGGACCUUACAAAAACUGUGGAGAGGCUCCAGAAGGAGAGGAGAACUAUGCUUUCUCGGCAGAGCUCCAGGAGCAGAGAGGAGACGUCGGCCAAAAGGCUGAAGAAAGAAGCUCUGCACCCAAACAGAGCAAACGCAGACUCCUUCCCUGGGACCCUGAAUGCCAAACUGUACCGCCCAGACACCUUCACCGAUUCCCAUAUUUCAGAGGUUUUACAAGAAAACUACAGAUUGAGAAAUGAGCUAGAGGCAUUGAUUUUAGAGAGAAAUAAGCUGAAGGCGGAAUCUGAAGCAGCAAUACACCACCUUGAAAACUCCAUGAAAAGGGUCAAGGACGACACUGCAGAACACAUUGCGUCUCUCAAAGCAUCUCAUCAGAGGGAAAUAGAGAAACUCCUUUGCCAAAACGCAGUAGAAAAUUCCUCCUCUAAAUUAGCUGAGCUGAAUCGCAAAAUCACAACUCAAGAGGUACUUAUAAAACAUUAUCAAGGUCAAGUUAAUGAGCUGCAGACUAAACAGGAAUCCCUUGCAGUUUCUCAAGUUCGAGAAGAAAUCCUACAGAAACAGAUUACAAAGCUCUUGGAAGAACUGAAAGAAGCCAAAGAAAACCACACCCCAGAGAUGAGACAUUUUAUGGGCUUAGAAAGGAAGAUCAAGCAGAUGGAAGUGAGACACAAGCAGAGAGAGCAGGAGCUGCAGCAGAUAAUACAGCAAACACGCCAAGUAGUAGAAACCGAACAGAACAAGGAAGUUGAGAAAUGGAAGAGACUUGCGCAGUUAAAAAACCGGGAGCUGGACAAGUUCCACACAGAGUUAGACUCCAUCCUCGACGUCCUGCGGGAGCUGCACCGGCAGGGUGUGGUCGUGCCGGCUGCUCUCGCCGAGGAAGUGAGCGCAGCAGAGUUUUAGUCAGACUUGGACCUGAGUGACCUCACCGGAAGACAGAUGAAAACG